AUGGUCGCUAUUGAAAUUCUUGGAGGAACCGGAUUGGUGGGAUCCCAUGUCCUGCAGCUCGCCACCAAGCUCUCAUCGGUCUCUCACAUCACUACGUUUACCAGAAGAGCUCCAAAGACUCAAGCAGAUAAAAUUGAAGCUGUCGUUGAACAGGAUUCCGACAAAUGGGGUGAUCUCAUCAAAGCCCACAAAGCAGAUGUGUUUGUUUCUGCCUUUGGUACCACUAGAAAGAAUGCUGGCUCUGCAGAGAACUUCACCAAGAUAGAUUACGGUAUCAACUACGAAGCCGCGAAAGCGGCCAAAGAAGCUGGUAUCAGCACGUUUGUGAUCGUGUCCAGUAUUGGCGCUAGUGCUAGCUCCAUGUUCCUUUAUCCUUCCACAAAAGGCAAGCUGGAAGACGACAUCAUCGCCUUGGGAUUUCCAAAGACUGUCAUAUUGAGACCCGGACUUUUGCUGGGAGAACGUGAGGUUUCUAAAGGUGCAGCCGAAGAUACAGCCAGAGCCAUCUUUUCUCGUUUCAAGGGAACCUUUUUGAGCAAGUACAUGAUGAGUCCUGUGGAAUCCGAGGACGUUGCCAAGUGUGCCUUGUACCAUGCAUUGCAGGCUCCGGCCUCAGAAACCAAUCCUGAGGUUGUGAUUGUGUCCGCCGAGAAUGUUAUAGCCGAUGCUAAGAAGUACCAGGGGUAA